AUGCUGUACUUUGAUCAGCCCGUGCAGGUCGGAUUAGACCUUGUCAGCGGUCGAGUAACAUCCCUGGACGAGACGACACCAGUACCCGAGCAAAACUCUACUUUCCUUACCGGUACCUUCCCCAGCCGCAAUCCCAACAAUACUGCCUUCGGCAGCGUGAACGGUGCCGUUGCAUCCUGGCACUUCUUGCAGUCGUGGUUCCAGGAGUUCCCUCACUACCUGCCCAACGACACUCGCAUCUCACUAGCAGCGCAAUCGUACGGUGGCCGCUAUGGCCCAGCGAUGAUGUCUUUCUGGGAAGAGCAGAACCAGCGUAUUGAAAACGGAACCUGGGAUGGCAGCGACGGCGAGCAGUUCAUCUUGCACCUCGACACUUUGAUGAUUGUCUCCGGCUGUAUUGACCGGAAAAUUCAGUAUCCGUACUAUCCCCAACAAGCAUUCCGCGAGAAUGGGUUUGGCAUUGAGGCAGUCAACGAGACGAUUUACAACGGCAUGGUUGCAUCCAUCCCCGAAUGCCUCGAGAGAAUCCAAAAAUGUCGGGACGCAGCUGCCAUCUCCGAUCCAGAGAACCUGGGUAUUGACGCCGGCGUGAAUGCAGUCUGCGAAGAUGCUGAAACCUGGUGUCGCUCGAACAUUGUCAGUCCGUAUACUUCAAACUCUGGUCUAGAUUACUACGACAUCUCGACGCAAUCGCCACCUUCAUUCCCUGCUGGCUUUCAUCAAGGAUUCCUCAACCGCGAGUGGGUGCAGGCUGAACUGGGUGUGCCGCUGAACUGGACCGGUAGCUCUCCUCAAGCAUCGAACGCUUACCGUGACAUUGGCGACUACCCGCGUGAUUCCUGGCUCGAGGAUCUAGGCUUCCUACUCGACAACGGCAUCAAAGUGUCUCUCGUAUACGGCGACCUGGAUUUCGCAUGUCCCUGGGCCGGCGGCGACGCCGUGGCCAAAGCCAUCCCCUGGUCUGGCUCCAACGCCUACGCCUCCGCGCAAUACGCCGAAAUCCAAACCAACGACUCCUACGUCGGUGGUGCUGCUACAUCCGCACCUACCAAGCCGGCCACUGCCAUCCCCUCCUACCAGCCCGAGACCGCAUACAAAGUCUUCACGCGCGCCCUGUUCAAUCUUGACAUCGCAACGGGCACGAAGCCCACAGGCGCAGGAGCUAAUUACACGACUACCGGACGUGCGGUGCCGGAUGUGCAGCUCGAGCCGAACAUGGGCGGUCUGAGCUACUGCUACACGUAUGCGGCGAGCUCGUGCCGUUCGUGGCAGGUCGAUAUGAUCCGCAACGGCAGCGCGGAGAUAUGCAAUUGGUUGUUUGUGGAUGCGAACUCGACGCAGUUGUUUCCUGAGGAGAUUGCAAAGUGCAGGGCGGACUGGGCGGGGGGGAAUAAGACGGUCACGAGGCGAGUGGAUAGCCGGCCGGUAUUCACGGGCGAUGCGGUGGCACGGAGGGGAAGUUGGUUGUUGGUCGUGCUGGAAGUGGUGGUUUUGGGUGUACUUGGGAGGUUGUUGUAG